AUGGUCGAGGAAAGACAUCCAAGGCCAGAGGAGCAAUUGUUUAGUUUUAGAAAUGUGCAGCUAUUCAAGAAUGAAAUCCUUGGUACUGGUUCUAUGGAACUGUGUAUAAAGCCAACGUUACUCAAAAGGCAUGAUGAUCCUGAUCCUGGCUUUGAGCAUAGACAACCUUUCCAGAGAUUUGAAUUAGAAUGUCGAUUUCUUAAAAGCAUUAACCAUCCCAAUAUUGUGCAGUACUUGGGGACCUAUUGCGAUCCCGACACAAAUGCACCAGUUCUUCUCAUGGAGCUCAUGGACGAGAGUCUGACACACUUCCUGGAGUCAUCACCUGGAGACAUUCCCUACCACAUCCAAGUCAACCUCUCCUAUGACAUAGCUCAAGCACUUGCCUUUCUCCACUCCAAUGAGAUCGUCCAUCGCGACCUCUCCAGCAACAAUGUCCUACUAUUAGUCAGGCCGUGCUAA